GUGUUUCAAAUUAAUUGUUUGAGUAGUAAAAUGUUUUUUUGUGUAGUUUAAAAAAGUAUAUAAAUUAAUUUCUCUUUUUUGACCUAAGAAAAUGUUGUUUUCUCUUUGUUUUUCUUUCGACUCCUUUUCCUUGCAAAAACCAAACUUUAGCCUUUGCACCCAACAUAAUAUUCUCAGGGCCGGCCCUGCUUCACUUGUUUGUAUUCUCUUUCUCCAUCGUCGCUUCCUGCUGCAGCUGUCUAGUCAUCGGCACCCCGCCUAUCUUCUCACCGUCAGACAGCUCACCAUUUCCGCCGCCGAAUUCGUCAUCGCCGUUUGUUUGAACAGUGUAAGCAAAUCCCAUGGAUCGAUCUCUGAAUCUCCUGGAUUUAGCCUUAGGGUUUGAUGAGCAGCUUUCUGAUCCAUCGCCACUAAGUGGGAAGGUAGUGCUGAUCGAGGACUGUGUGGAGACAAGUGGGUCGUUCGUGCUUCACCAGCUCAUGAAGCGUGUUCUCUCCCCUCACUCCUCUGAUUCCCUUAUCUUUCUUGCCUUUGCUCGCCCUUUCUCUCAUUACGAUCGUAUACUGCGUAAACUGGGUUGCAAUUUAGCUACUCAAAAGACAAACAAUCGAUUGGUUUUCGUUGACAUGCUCAUGAUGAAAUGCUCUGAUGGUGAAGAAACAAAAGACGAUGUGAGUGCAGUUGCAAAACUAUUUCGGGAGAUACAAGGAACGGUUCGAAAGCUACGCAGUGUGACUAAUAGCAACAUAACUGUUAUGGUGGAUGACAUGUCUCUCCUGGAAAUUGCUGCUACCAAUAGCAAUUCAGAUCACGUCUUGGACUUCCUUCAUUACUGCCACACCUUAACUUCUGAAAGCAAUUGUUCGUUGGUCAUUCUCAAUCAUGAAGACAUUUACUCGAGCAUGGAGAGACCUGCAUUUUUGCUACAGAUGGUAUGCCUUGCGGAUGUUGUGAUUAAAGCAGAGCCUUUAGCGUCAGGUUUAGCAAAUGACGUACAUGGCCAAUUGACUGUUGUGAACAAGGGGAUAAGCAGGAACUCGGGUAAAGGAAGCUCGAGGAACAAGUUGCAGAAUUUUCAAUUCAGGAUCAAGGAAAAUGGUAUAGAAUAUUUCUACCCUGGUUGCAGAAGCUGAGGAUUGGAGAUAGUUUUGAGGGUUAUUAUGGUGUAUGGUAGUGAGAUGCAGCUAAGACAUGUGUGUGUGUGGCAUGGAAGAAGCUAUUGAUGCAUUUAGGUUGAAAGAUUCUUUGACUGUCCCAGUAUUCUUUUUUACCCUUUGAGUUGUUUCUCACGUGUUCCAUGAUGUGGGAAGAUCUCAACCACUUGACUUGGUCGAAACACUUUGUUUUUCUUUAAAAUUGGUUUCAGUGGGCUUUAUUCUAACAUUGGGCCUAAGUAUUGUUCCUUAGUAUAUUAUCCGGGUCGGGUUUAGUGUACCGGAUCCUAAAUUCCUAGCAAAAGAGAAGU